AUGUCCAACUCACAGCAGAUAGCCCAGAAUGCGCGCAAAGCUGGGAAUGUUCUAAAGACCAUCUCGAACGAAGGUAGAUCAGAUAUUUUAUACAAAAUUCACGAUGCUCUAAAGGCUAAUGCGAACGCCAUUGAAGAAGCGAACAAGCUUGAUUUGGCAGUGGCCAAACAGACUGGUCUAGCAGAUUCUUUAUUGAAACGUCUGGACCUCUUCAAGGGCGACAAGUUUGACGUUAUGUUGCAAGGUGUCAAGGAUGUUGCCGAAUUGGAAGACCCUGUUGGCAGGAUUAAGAUGGCUAGGGAAUUGGAUGAUGGCUUGACCUUGUACCAAGUCACUGCUCCAGUGGGUGUCCUGUUGGUUAUCUUUGAAUCUCGUCCAGAAGUAAUUGCUAAUAUCACCGCUUUGAGCAUCAAGUCAGGCAACGCUGCAAUCUUGAAGGGUGGUAAAGAAUCUGUUAAUACGUUCAGAGAAAUGGCAAUGAUCGUCAAUAAAACCAUUGCCCAAUACCAAGACGAAACUGGUGUUCCCAUGGGUUCCGUUCAACUUAUCGAAACUAGACAAGAUGUUUCCGAUCUGUUGGAUCAAGACGAGUACAUCGAUCUAGUCGUUCCCCGUGGCUCUAAUGCUUUGGUGAAAAAAAUCAAGGAUACAACUAAAAUUCCUGUGCUCGGUCACGCAGACGGUAUUUGCUCUAUUUACUUGGAUCAAGAGGCUGAUUUGGUCAAGGCUAAAAGGAUUAGUUUGGAUGCCAAGACCAACUACCCAGCCGGUUGUAAUGCUGUGGAAACGUUGCUGAUCAACCCCAAAAUGUCUAAAUGGUGGGAAGUUCUGGAAAACAUAACCUUGAAAGGUGACGUUACUGUCCACCUUACAAAGGACUUGAAAAUCGCUUACUUUGAUAAACUAAACGAACUAGGUAAAAUGACAGAAACAAUUCAAUCGAAGACUGUUAAUGCCGAUGAAAAGGAGGAUUUUGAUAAAGAAUUCUUAUCCUUGGAUUUGGCCGCCAAAUUUGUUGCAUCCACAGAGGAGGCCAUUCAACACAUAAAUACGCAUUCGUCGAGGCAUACCGAUGCUAUCGUAACGGAAAACAAGAUGAACGCCGAAAAAUUCAUGAAGGGUGUUGAUUCCUCUGGUGUUUACUGGAAUGCAUCAACCAGAUUUGCCGAUGGUUUCAGAUACGGUUUUGGUGCUGAGGUGGGUAUUUCCACCUCAAAAAUCCACGCUCGUGGUCCGGUUGGCUUGGACGGUCUCGUCAGUUACCAAUAUCAAAUAAGAGGUAAUGGUCAAGUGGCAAGUGACUACCUUGGUGCCGGCGGUAACAAAGCCUUUAUUCACAAGGAUUUAGAUGUGAAGACAGUCUCAUUCUAG